AUGUGUAAUACUGAACAGAAGAUGGGAGUAAAUAGACUGUUCUUGCCAUACUAUUCUAAAACAAGAGGACCUCCCAGGUUGAGGUUCCAAGUAAUGGGCAAAAGAGGUAAAAAGUUCCUAAUGCUCGUAGCGGCGAACCAAAGGGAUCCCAGGGACGGCAAACACAUGGAGGUGCUGGGCAGCGUCCAGAGAAAACCCUUGAAUCCAAUCCCCUCGGCAAUAGGCGAAAACCACGAGAGCUUAUCGGAAAUAAGACUGAGGUUCAGCAGAAUUAAGUUCUGGCUCGGCGUGGGCUGCGACAUGAACGUGCCGGUGGCCACGGUUCUCUCUCAGGCGAACCUGAUUCCUCCACAUCCCCCGAAGUACGGGGAGAGGACGAGGGGGCACUUCCACCUGCUCUCGCAGCUGGCGCAGGCUAGGGAGCGGGUGCACCUGAGCAGAGUGAAAUCGUUCCUGUUGAAGGAGAGUGCGUGGCACAACGAGGAGGAGGAGGUGUACAAACCGGACCUGGAGGAGACACCUGCCAGAAUCGUCAAGGACAGGCUGUACCCUAGGGAGCUGAAGGAGCUGGAUAUCCCAAUACACUUCGACGAAACUGAAAAGGAGCUGGACACUACCAAAAAGGUAGUAAGGAAGCUGGUCAGAUGA